CUGUCAUAUUGUGCUGUUUCACAACAUCCACUCCCCGACCAUCGGGCACCAUACCGGUAUAUCUAUCAAAACACAGACACUCCUUAAGCACCCAUCACCAUGGUCUCCUGGUCAACAAUACAACCCUUCCUCAUCCUAUUAGGACCGAUAAUCUACUCCCGCGGCAAAGCCUUCUACCAAUCCACAAAGCUCCGCGGUCCCCCGAGAGUCCUCACUCCGGGUACCCACCGUAUCUUAAAUAUUCUCUUCGCAACCGGGGUAGUCGCCCUCCUCUCCACCCUCCCAGCCUUCGCUCCUGAAAAUAUCUUCCAAAAGACGGGCUCAAGGUUGCAGAUCCCCACUGAUGUUCUCUUUAACCGGCUUUCCAAGAUACGGGACAUUACGCCUGACGAUGAAAUACUCCGUGCGCGGUUGGUGCCGAAGGAGGCAAGGCUGGCGUACGCCACCUUCGGACCGAAGCCGCUGGUGGAGUGUUCGUGGUGUAGCUUGGAAGAGGCGAAUACCUACCUGUUCUAUGCCUUACCGACUCUUGCGCUACCGCAUCUUCUGCAUAUCGCUGUGUUGGGUGUUGUUACAUCUUCUUACUUCUCCCCCUUCGGGAGUGUGUGGAGGACUCAGGCUACGGUUGCUGGGCUCGCGCUCUUCCUAGCAGAGCUGUGCGUUGUCGGAGUUUCGACAUCAGAUCACAACGCUAAUGCUUUGGCGAAGCUGCCCGCUGACGUGGUCUGGACACACUGGAGGUUGAUCCUUUGGCGUGGGAUUGGGAUUGCGUUUGUGGAUGCUUGGCUAGGUUAUGUUAUCUUUCUCACGGGAACUGGGAGGUGGACCGCGGGCUUAGAUGGGCUCCGUGUGCAGGAGAAAUUGGAGACUCUGAACAAGGCUUCAGAACUUGUCUACGCCAAGCUGCAUUCCGAGAACUUAUUACGACAAACGGUGUUGCGGAAUAAAGACCUGAGAGAGAAGUCCUUUGAGCUCUGGAUGGCGGAGGAGAAGGUUGGGAAGGAAAUCAUGUUGGACGAGGAAGUCAAGAACGUUCGCGCGAACCUCACGUUGGACGUCACGCAACUUACAAAGGGGGCGGCACAAAAGAGCGAGGGGAUGUUGAACACAAUAAGCACUUGGAGAGGACUCCCAGCCCAAGUCCCUCCAACAAGCUUUCCACAACCGUCAACAACUGCGUCUUGAUUACCUAACGUGCAUCCUAUCGCCCACUCUCACGAUCCGUAUCCGCUGCUUUUAUACAUGUGCAUGUGUGUGUGUUUCUAUUUUGUACAUAGUCGUAUAGAAUUCGGAGCUGAGGUUUCUUCCUUUU